CAUGUGAGGUUCAUGUUUCUCACAACAAGUCAAGCAAUCCUUCACUAUUUCCUGUAGCUUUCUUUCCUCUUAACCAAAAGCUAUAUAAAAUCUUGGCAUUUUGCCAAUAAUUAAACACAUUAUUUCUUGAACAUAUAAACAAUAUGGAUAUGGUGAUGAAGUUGGGAGCAGCAAGUCCAGUGGUGAUAUUCAGCAAGAGUAGUUGUUGCAUUUCUCAUAGCAUCGAAACCCUAAUCCGUAGUUUUGGAGCAAACCCUACUGUUUACGAGCUCGAUAGACAUCCAAAUGGGAAGCAAAUAGAGAAGGCACUAAUUGAACUGGGGUGUCAGCCAAGUGUGCCAGCAGUAUUUAUAGGGAAUGAGUUUAUUGGUGGUUCUAAUGAAAUCAUGAGCCUUAAUGUGAGAAGCAAGCUGAAACAAUUGCUCAUUAGGGCUAAUGCCAUUUGGGUGUAAAAUUUAAUGACUAUAGGUAGCAAUUUUAGGAGUUUUGAUAAUAAAUAUCAACCACUAAUAGAGUCUUCUAGCUUCGGACUGCUCUUUUUCUCCUAUUUUGCUUCUUGAUGUACUAAUAAUGUUAUACAAUAACAGUUAUAAAAGAAACUAAUAGAAAUGAACAUCUUUAUGUAUUGCAUUUUAA